AUGCGAGAUAAUUAUCUCCUCCGAUGCCUUUACACUCUAGCCAUUAUUUCAUGUUUAUUUUCAUCCUGUACAGAUGGUAAAGGAUUUAGUGGAGGACGAGGUGGUGGCUCUUUUGGCGGUGGAAAGGGUGGUGGAUCAUUUGGAGGUUCUAAAGGCGCAGGAACAUUUGGUGGAUCAUCAAGCUACAAUCGUGGAAGUAGUUAUGGAGGUUCCAAUAGUAUGAAAAAACCAAGUAGCUUUAAAAGCAAUGCUAUGAGUUUCGGUGCUGGAGCAUUAGGUGGCAUUGCUGCAUAUUCUGUAAUGAGAUCCAUGUCAUCAUCGUAUCGUUCAAGACCUGAUUAUUAUGAACCCGGUUAUGGAACUGGAGAAACAUGUCUAAAUAAUGAAGACUUGAAUGGUACACGAUUUGGACGGUUUCGCUGUCCAUUAAAUGGAUUUCCCCAAGAAGCAAAACAGUGUUGUGGUGAAUAUGAACGACAAUAUUGUUGUAUUGGUGAAAGAUCUAGUUUUCUGAGUGGUUCUUCGAGUUUUAUUUGGAUAAUUAUUAUUAUAGUCAUUAUUUUGAUUAUUGUCAUUGUUUUUGCACGACGUCAUCAACAAAGACAAAAAGAGAUUGUUAUGGUUCCAAUGGAUAUACCUGCUGAUGAACAGCAAGGACAACCAUUUUAUAAUCCACCUCCACCACCGAUGGGUUAUCCACCACCACCAAUGGAUUAUCAACCACCGCCAAUGGGUUAUCAACACCCACCAGCUGGAAAUCCUUAUGCAACUCAGUCACAUAAUUAUGAUGGUAAUUUCAAUUAUUAUCCACCUCAACAACCAAUGCCAUAUCAACCUCAACAACAAAUGCCAUAUCAACCUCAACAACAAAUGCCUUAUCCACAACAACAAAACAUGGGAAAUCAACCUCAACAGCAAGGUUAUAAUCCUUAUCUAGUUAAAGAAGGUAAUGCACCGUCAUAUGAUGAUGCUACGUAUAAUAAAAAAUGA